AUGGCGCCGGAGGACCGCGAGGCGAGGGAGCGCCUCGAGGCCGAGGUCGCCGACAAGUUCUACAUGCAAGAGCUCUGCCGGCAACACCCGGAGCUUGUGGAGGCGGAGCGGAUGUUCUUGCCGAUGCCGGCGGCAAAGUUAUCUUUAUCUCCUCCUCCGACGAGGUCGGAGGCGGCGAGUAGACGGAAGACUUUCACUGUUCUGAAGCCUAUCUGCUUGAAUAUCAUGGCCACAGAAAAGUCUGCUAGGAAAGGUGGCAGGCAGCGCAGAGAACAGUGGUCCAAGUACAACUUCGUCAGUGCCGAAUAUGCUGAGAAGAACGCUAUCAAGCGCCCAUGGGGUGAUAUCCUGUACAAGAAUCUGCAGCCAAAGUCAAAGCCUGAAGCUAUUGCCCAAGGCUUCUACCCAUGCAUGUUUGCCAAGGAGUCAGCUGCGAAGAACAAGAAGGAUCUUGGACUCAACUUCAACCCUGGUCCAUCUGCACCUAGGCAGGAUGGGACUCGCGAUGCCAAUCCAAAUGUCAUCGGCCCCUUCACCAGCUUCGAUGGGCUCCUCUCCCACAUUGCUGCUCAGAGGGCCACUGUGGAGAAAUCAGCUGAUGACACAGACUCCAAAGAUGCGCCUGCUCCGCCGAAGCAAAAGAAAAAGAAGUCAAAAGCUUCGAAGCCCUCUGCCACACCAAAAGCUUCGACUAUGAAGCCAUUGACCACUGCACCUCCUAAACCCAGUGUGCAGUCUGAAGAUUUGUCUCGUGUCUCCAAGAAGGCCGAGAAGUCCAAGAAAACCAAGAUGCCCAAGAAGAUUUCUGGGCAUGAACUGACUCCUGCUGCCGUUAAAAUCGUUCAACUCAAGAACAAGAUUGAUUAUGAGAAGGCUCAUUUCAACAAGAAUAUGGCCAAGCUCAGUGUGGCUGAUGUGCAGAUCUUCAAGAAGAUGCUGCAUGACCUUAAGGAACAAUUUCACAAAAAGCGCGAAGAAGCCAAAGGCUCACGAGAGCGCAUGAAGUACUUUGCGCAGAAAUGUGUUCAAGCAAAUAAUGAAGCUGAGAAAAGAAAAGCUCUUGGGCGUCCUGGCAUCGACCCCAGGAUGGCUUCCAAGCAAAAGAAGAAGUCUGCUGCGGCCCAAACUGAAGCACCAAGGCAGGAAGAACCUCGCAUUGUCUUCCCUGCUAGUAUGACAGGCUCAAAGCCUAAGGUCACCUUAGCAGCUUCAGAGCUGAAGAAAACAAGGGCAGCUAAAGCCAAAGCCAGGAAACGCAAGCAUAGGGAUACUUCUGAUGAUGCCCCAUCCAAGAAGAAAUUGAAGAAAAAGUCUUCAAAGAAAGAGCGUGUUGCGGCCUCUGAGCCCCUCAUUGUUGAACCCAUUUCUGUUGCUCUUCCAGCCUCAACCAACCAAGAGCGUCGUCUUGUGAUCCAUGAGCCUGCUUCCACAGAGGCUCCAGAAGAUGAAGAAGUUCCAGUUGUUGACCCCAUCACAGCCGAAGACAUUGCUCAUGAAGACAAUGUGAAUGAUGAUGUAGUCCUUCCUCAGCUCGAGCCCCAGACGGAUGACUCAUGGGCCGAGCGCCCACAACAAGACACCCCAGUACAUGAUGAGACACCAAGAACACCACCACCUAAAGUCACCACUCCAGUGCUUGACGACGACAACUACAUGGUGCAGACCACUCCCUCACCAAAGGCGUCGCCCGCAUUUCGCAGGCUUCGCAAAGGCCCCAGGCCACAGGUCACCAUGUCGAGCAUUCUGGAAGGGGAAGUGCACCAAAGCUCAGUUGCAUGUCAAGUGUUUUCAGAAGCCACCCCUUUUGCAAAUGCCUCUGAAUCUGAGGCCAAAGUGGCUGAAGACAUUCCGGCUGCAUCAGCCGACGAAGACAAAGAAGAGAGAGAAGAUGAGAGAGUUGCCACACCCCUAGCUACUGAUCAAGUCAUUCUCGAGGAGAAUGUGAUUGUGCCCGACCCUCCAGUUCUUGAACAAGUGGAGGUUGAAAACACUAAGGCUGCCACAAACAACGCCACUAAAGCCAAUGACACAGUCAUGGCUGAAGACAAUGUGGAGCCUGAAGCUAAUGUGGAUGCUGAAGCCAUCGUUCCACCUCCAAGGCCUCACAGAACAGGCCUUUGA